AUGUCUUUCGAGAUUCUCAACUCGCCGGGCGUCAUCAAGAUCGCGCCAUGGCAAGCUUUCGACAAGUUAUGGACCUCUGUUAUGGGAUACCAUGCGAACGAGUUUAGGUUCAAGGAUGGGGUUACCCCAAUGUCUACACUCAACGAGACGUUAGCCAUGAUCGCGUUAUACCUCGUGGUCAUCUUCGGUGGUCGCGAGUUUAUGCGCAACCGUGAGCCGCUGAAGCUGAACGGUCUCUUCAAAGCGCAUAACUUAUUCUUGACGUUGCUGAGUGGUAGUCUGCUGGUUCUCUUCAUUGAGCAACUGGCACCUACUCUAUGGAAGCACGGACUUUAUGAGAAUAUCUGCGGCGCUGAUGGUUGGACCGACGAGCUGGUAACCCUGUACUACCUCAACUACCUCACCAAAUACGUCGAGUUGAUCGAUACUGUUUUCCUCAUGGUUAAGAAGAAGCCGCUCACUUUCCUUCACACGUAUCAUCACCCCGCAACGGCUUUGCUAUGCUACACCCAGCUUCUCGGACACACAUCGGUCUCGUGGGUUCCGAUUACGCUCAACUUGACGGUACAUGUUGUGAUGUACUGGUACUACUUCCAGAGCGCCCGCGGUGUCAAGGUUUGGUGGAAGGAGUGGAUUACGCGAAUGCAAAUCGGGCAGUUUAUCCUCGACCUUGGUUUCGUAUACUUCGCAUCCUGGGACUACUACGCCAGCGCCCACGCUCCUCAUCUGCCGCAUGUGGGGCGCUGCGCAGGUGAACCGUUCGCGGCCGUAUGCGGGUGCGUGAUCUUGAGCUCGUACCUGGUGCUAUUCAUUAUGUUUUACAUUGCCACGUACAAGAAGGCCGCCUCGCGCAAAACUAAUAAGAAGGGCGACGGACCAGCUGUGUCUUCCAUGAAGCAGAGCGCGGCUAUGGUCGCCGAUAGCUGCAGCGGAGUGGAGCACAUGAACAGCUCGCUGGUUUCUAGAAAGUGAUGAGUUGUUCUGAUUCACCUUUCUGAUGCUACCUAGUAUCGGCAGAUACUCUGGUAAACAUUCUGCAUGGUCUGUGCACAGGGGUACCUUGCUAUCGACGUAUAAUGCAUUCCCAAGUAACCGGAAGUUGGUGGGGGAAUGUGGGGGGUCAUCAUGGAGUUGGCGUCAGCUGUUGACCAUUAUCUUUUUUACAUCUGCAUACGCACACGCAUACGUAUAAUUAUGAGCAUGUACAUCUUAAUGCUUAGUAUUCUUAGUCUUGGUGUAGAUACUCGGAACACUGGUUGAGGAGGUCUUGGGAGGUUACGGAUGACCUGGUCCGGGGUC